CUAAUUCCCCAAUUUCCCGGUUGAAGAACCUCACCCCUUCUCUUCUCCACACAGCUUCAUCUUUCAAUUCUCCUUCUCAGCUUCCUUCAUUCAUCCAAUACGACCCAGUCACUGUUCACAAACUUCAAACCCAUCAAUCCCUAACCUCCAAUGGCUCCUGGUAGAAGAAUGACCGUAGCUAGAUGUACAAAUGAUGUUGGAAUGAAUCGAGUUCUAAGCUGGCUCCUCAAACUACUGCAAACACAGGCAAUGUUGUGGCAAAGAACGUCAGAGGGAAAUCUAGAGGAGUCGAAUGUGAAAGACUAAUGCAAAUAGCCAAUACAAAGUUGCAUGUAGACUUUGACAAGGAAGAUGGAGUACCUACAAGAGUAAAUGCAGUGAGAUAGGAAUUGUAGUGAGGAACUAUGCCCCUGUUAGAGUUCUUACUUGGGUUAAAGUUCCCAACAAUGUGGAAAGACAAAUGAUUGCUCGUAUCACGUUAAUGUCCUUCAUAUCUUUUUACAUUUUUCUUAUACUUCCAUAUGAAAAUGAUAUAUAAUACCCUGGAUACUUAAAUGCGUGUACAUUAUUGCUCUCUUCGGACCAAGUUUGACAUCAAUGUCAAUGAGCCCCAUGUAUUGAAAUGGAUGAAAUACGCAAUGUCUAAGAGAUUCAACGGGUUUAGGAGUGCCUUGCACAAAAAAUUGCAAGCAUAUGCUACUAAGGAGGAAGCAUUACAGAAUAGGCCUGAAGAAAUUGAAGAUCUAGAUGAUUGGAUAUAUCUCUGUGACCUUUUUUCUAGUGAAAAGUUUCAGGCACCGCCACAAACUUAUUCGAAGAAUCGGUCGAAGUUGCGGUGUAACCACUGUAGUGGUUCCAAGAACUUUAUUCAGCACAAAAAGGAAAAGGCUAAGCAACUUGGGGAAUCUGUUGGUCCUGUACAAUUAUUUCAUGACACUCGUUGGAGUGUCGAGAAAAGGUGGGUUAAUGAACAAGCCAGAGAUCUAUAUGAGAAAAUGAUUGAGAUGCUAGAUGAGACCCAGACUGGGGAAAGUGAAAGAACUGAAGCUGAAAUCUGUGAGGAAGUGCUUGGUAAAGCUUCCAGCUUCAACAAGAAUUUUGCCUUCUGUGUGACUAAGCAGCAUGAUACAUCAAAUGUAACAAAGUUAAGGGGCAUAGUUGAACAACAACAAAAUAGGAUUAAGGAUUUAGAGGAGCAACUCAUACUAUUUGAUCAACAGAAGGAGAAAAUCAAAUUGCUUGAAGAACAAGAAGAAAAAUUAUUUGAGAUGUUGACUCACAUGACUAUUGCAACUGUACAUGUGCAACCUGCUACCAAACCAACUAGACAGCCAUCUCCAUCUCCGACAGCUGAUGAGUCUUCCUCAUUUGCAACAACUACUUCUAAGGCCUCAACUAGUAAUGUUUAAAAUUGGAACAUUGAUUUCAUCUGCACAAAUAGGUAGGUACUGAUGAAAAUGUGGGGUGCAUGCCUUCUUUUUUUGGUUUUGCACACAUGAUAGUGCAUUUUGGAUUUUUAUUGCUCAUCAUGCAGAAAAAUCCAUAUAUGGACUAUUAAUAUAUAUAU